AUGGCUCUUGCAGUAGCUAGGAAUGGCCUUCCCAAGAUAAGAGGGUCUUUUGGAGCAUUCUGGAGCAUAUGGGACAUGAGGAGCAUGGAGGGACUUGGGCAUGGACGCAGCUCAACUGGAUACGCAAAGGAAGAAGGAGGAAGCCAUCUUGAAGACCAGCUCGACCAUCCGGUCGAGUUCCUCAACUCGACCGGCCAAGCUUCAACUCGAUCGAGCUGA